CCGGGCAAGUGAAAAGCGGACCAACCCAUAACUUCGAGAAGCCGAAGGCAGCAGCGUCGUUCUUUCCAUCCUCUUCCACCUCCCCUCUCGCUUCCUCCAUUUCUUCUCUCUUCUAGAACCGAAGAAAAGUAAACCUUCUCUCUUUCUAUUAUAACCCCCUCCCCUCUUCCUCCUCCAAUAGCCUCUACAUCGAAGUACCCUUGCCCGCCGAUCCCAACGAAUCCGACAGCGACGAGGCCACCCUCUCCCUCUCCGACCUCCCAAUGAACAGUCCACACAUGUUCGACCCCCGGAACUCUCCCACCGGCCGAUGUUCUGCCCCUCCCGAAACCGACCUCUUUGAGUUCUACUUCCACGUCCCCCGUUCCCCCGUGGAGAUGUGUGCCGCUGACGACGUUUUCGUCCAAGGAAAGCUCCUUCCUUUCGGCGUGGCGCCACCUCGUCCACCCAAGAAAGAUGAUAUCUACAAGCCUAGAAGCCUUCCCCGCGACCAAUGGUGGCCGGAGACCACCACAGAGUACCGGAGGCUGAGGAAGGCGCCAGAGUCGGACGUCAGAGUCUCCCCGCCGCCCCAGCCGCCCAGGUCGCGUUCGAGGUGGUACCUGUUCGUGCUCGGAUCGGUGAGAGUGCCGGCGACUAUGGAGAUGAAGGAGAUCAGGAGACGGCAGAGGCGGCGGAGCCCGGCGGCGAUGCCUGAGGAUUCCGGGCGGUGGAGCUUCGAGAGGAGCAGGUCGUGGAAAUUGCUCCGGUCACUGAGCUGCACGGGGGUGGAGAGCGCCGUCGCGGCGCCGCCGCCGAGCUUCGUCUCGCACGUGUGAGGGAGGUGUGCCGUGUGCGAGGCCUAUAUAUCUCGUCACUGGAUUGAUCUGAGAAUUCGGUGGGCAUUUUCUUUGCCCAAUUUGUUUUUUAAGAAUUUGAACGCUUAACAGGAAAGGAGGCGUACUUUGAGUAGAGGUCACGAGGAGUGCAAGCAGGUCACGGUAUUGUAUUCAUGUAGGCACUUUGGUGAUGUCUCGUUUGGGAAAUGCACCGUGAAAUAAUGAUGAGACGGAGUGCGGUGGUUCAGAUAUGCAGUAGAAUAAUGGUUGAGUCUGUACACAUCUAGAAAUUGAAUUUUAGUGAAAAAGAGUCAACUUAGCACAGCCAGAUGAGCUGUGAUAUUUUUUA